GCCCUGUGAAAAUCCUUGAAAUCCUUAAAUUUCAUUUGCUUCGCCUGUGAAGGUCUCACUGGAGCACACAUUUGCUUCCGAGCAAAACAAUGACGCUGAGAUCCGCAGGAGCGCUUUUCUUGAUCGCUUUGGUGUUUGGGGUCGCCAUUGACUGGUCCCACUGCAAGGUCGUGCAGUUCAUAUUUGGGGACUCGCUCUCGGACGUCGGGAACAACCAGUACCUCUCCAAGAGCCUCGCCAAGGCGAACCUGCCUUGGUACGGUAUCGACUUUGGCAGUGGAGUGCCGAAUGGAAGGUUCUGCAAUGGCCGCACCGUUGCAGAUAUAAUAGGUGACACCAUGGGCCUCCCGAGGCCGCCAGCACUUUUGGAUCCGUCGCUGAAUGAGGAUACGAUACUGGAAAAUGGAGUUAAUUUCGCUUCUGGAGGUGGCGGCAUAUUGAACGAGACGGCCACUUACUUUAUUCAGAGAUUUUCUCUGUACAGACAAAUCGAGCUGUUCAUAGGGACACAGGAGCUCAUUAGGGAGAAGCUCGGAGCUAAGGCGGCAGAUAAAUUCUUCCAGGAAUCUCUUUAUGUGGUUGCACUGGGCAGCAACGACUUCAUCAACAAUUUCCUCAUGCCGGUGUCAGGUGACUCAUGGACGUAUAGCGAUGACAGUUUCGUCACAUAUCUAGUGCAAACUCUUCAAGCGCAGAUCACACUACUGCAUAGCUUGGGGGCAAGACAAUUGCUGGUGUUCGGGCUGGGGCCAAUGGGCUGCAUACCGCUCCAGCGGGUCCUGAGUACAAACGGCGAAUGUCGUGACAGAGCCAACAAGCUGGCUCUGAGCUUCAACCAGGUCGCCAGCCAAAUGGUCGAUGACUUGACAAGCAGCCUCCCGAAUGCCAGCUUUCGAUUUGGCGAUGCCUACAAUGUUGUUGAUGACCUCAUCAAGAAUCCAUCCAAAUACGGUUUCACCAACUCCGACUCGCCGUGCUGCUCCUUCGGGCGGAUCCGGCCAGCCCUAACAUGCAUCCCAGCGUCGAGGCUCUGCAAGGACCGGAGCAAGUACGUAUUUUGGGAUGAAUACCAUCCCAGCGACAGCGCCAAUCAGCUGAUCGCCAAUGAGAUGAUCAGGAAGAUGGGAUUCUCUCGGCCCAACCUGAGUCCAGCUCCUUCAAUGGCUCCUGCGCCCGAAAGUUAGAAAUGUUUCUCUGCUUCCUAGAACAUGUCAAAGACUCAAUACUUCCCAUCCCGGUUUCUUAGAAUGUUCAGUUCAGGUUAUUGCUUCGUCCCCAUUGCUUCAGGAAUCGAAUGAUCUCUGAUGAUCUCUAAGCUUCUGAAAAUGAUGUAAUGGUGAUGAGACCACCGAACAUGAUCGAUCAAAGUUAGGAAAUUUCCAUGAAACAGUAGUUUAAUAGAGAAAACAUGGAUCUUUCUUAGUGUAUGACUUCUCAGAUCAGAAAACUUGUUCUUUCUAAUAGUAUCUUGGAUAGAUUA